AAAAAAAUUGAAAAAAGAAAAAGCUCCAAUAGUAGAAGUACAUCGACCAACCAAGGCCAAACCACUUGUCCCCCAAAAAGGAAUGAGAAAAAAAAAAAAAAGUUCAAUCAAAUCCAAUUCUCUGGAACACUGUUGAAUCUGUGUGUGUGAUCUGACCCCCAACUCAAAAACCCUAACCCCCAAUUUCCUGAAGAAAAUGCGUGCUUCAGCGGCAUCUCCUUCUUCCUCACUCUUCAUCACCACCUACACUCCCACUAUUUUACGACGCCGUACUCUAUCAAUCUUCAUCUCCUCCCACCCAUUCCUCAGAGCUCAUCAUAGUCACAGAUUCGCUAGCCCUGGACUGCGUCUCUCCGCUUCACUCGCUGAGCGGAAUCUCCAGCUCUCUUGGUUCUCGCCGGACCAUAAUGCCACCGACGACUUUGGCGGUUGGGCCAUUUCCGACUUUCCUCCUGUUCACCAUCGGAAGAGAGGGUUGCCUAUAAUCCUGAUUAGUGGUCUUGGGACUUCAGUGGCUGUUCUACUAGCUGCCAUUGCUUACUUCUCACUGUCCAGAAAAGGUUUUAAGUUUCAAAUUACUAGUCUUCUUCCGUUGCAUGGGAUAGUAAAUGGCGGUGAAAGCAAAACCGCGGACUAUACGGCACCUGAUGUGGCGGAAACAAGUGCAGAGUCUAUACCUAGUGCUGUUAGUGAAGAUGUUAGUUCAGCACAUGUGGGAAAGCUUGAACCUAUUAUAAUUCCAGUUGCUGUGGAUUCUACUCAAGGGGAAGCUAUUUCAGUUUUGAAGAAACUGAAGAUCAUUGAAGAUGAUGUCAAGGCGGAUGAAUUGUGCACUAGAAGGGAAUAUGCAAGAUGGCUAGUUCGAAUGAACUCGUUGCUGGAAAGCUAUAAAUAUCUUGCUUUUAGGAGUCCAAAGCACCGGAUUACCCCAUCAGUUUCACUUUCUGGAUCCAUAAAUGCUGCAUUCAAUGAUAUUAGUGUUGAAGACCCAGACUUUGGGUCUAUUCAAGCCCUGGCAGAGGCUGGUGUCAUUCCCAGCAAGUUGUCAAAGUACAGCUAUGAUGGUUUGAGAGAGCAAGAAGACGUCUGCUUUUUUCCUGAUAGGUUCAUCUCUCGGCAAGAUCUGAUAGACUGGAAAGCCCAGUUAGAGUACGAUUUUGUGCCAGGGAUGAUACAGAUGUCAACGACAAAAGUAGGUUUUAUGGAUGUGAAAGAGAUCGCUAAAGAUGUGUCUCCAGAACUAUACGCAGACAUGUUGGCUGGGGACCGGAGCAUACUCAGAAAAGUUUUUGGACAGAUCAAGCGGUUGCAACCAAAGAAACCAUCAACAAAAGCACAAGCAGCUGUUGCACUGUCAAGUGGCAGGAUGGCUGAAGCAAUCUAUAUUGAAUUGUUGAGAUUAGAAGCUGAAAGUUCUGCAAGGCUAGCUGAGAUGGAAGAUAUUAGGACUCAAUUGCUUGACAGAGGAGACAUAAAGAGGUUUUGGGAUGAGAAGCUGGAUGAAGAGAAAGCCAGAGGUGUUGAGGUGGAGAAGGUUUAUUCUACUGCAGUUAGUGAUCUGGAGCAGGAGAAAAUUGUUCAAGAAAAAUAUUUUGCAGAGCAAUUAAAGAAGAAGGCAGCUAUGGACUGUCAGAGGCAGUUGCUUCUGAGUCUCAAGGAAGAAGUCAAUGAGAUAUCAGAAAAACUUUCAUCUGAGAGAGCUAUGUAUGUGGCUGAGCAAUGCAAGUUGCAUGAUACGCUCAGUGAUAUACAGUCCAAGCAGGAAGAACUGCUUGAUUCAAAAUCUAUACUUGAGGCAGAGAAAGAAGCUCUCCGAAUUUUAAGAUCUUGGGUAGAGGAUGAUGCAAGAAGAAGCCAAGCUCGAGCCAAGGUUCUCGAGGAGGUAGGUCGAAGGUGGAAGUGGGACAACCAUGCUUAACUUUCGCGGUUCUUACAGUGUACAAAUUAUUCAAAGUUUGUUUCAUAAGCAUAGAGAUCAUUUGCCGGGGCAAGGUCUACAGAAAGAAUCCCUUGCUAUUUUGUUGUGUUCUAAAAAGAUGAAUUAUAAAACUUUUACAAGGCAUUGCAGCAUGGUGCAAAUCAAGCCAUUCAUGUAUCUUUAUUUCUUAAUUCGUGCAUAGAGAGAGCAAGAAGGAAAUGAUUUGAAUUUCUGUUUAAUAAGUCUCAUUAUUGAUUGACGUAAAGAUAAAGAGUUGCUAUGGAUAAGGAUUACAAGAA